UGCCGCGACUCGUAGUAUGCGUUCCUGGCCAUUCCACACGCAAUGGCCAAUUUUUUAGCGGUAUAGCUGUACCACAAAACUCGUAAUCUAGCCGAUUGUGACUUGACAGCUCUCUAUCUUUAUUAUCAUAUUCAUUUCCUGUCCCUGCAUUUGCAAAAGGUUAUUGUGUAGGUAAUAUAUUUGAAAUCUGGUUAAUUUCCUUCAUAAGAGAAUACAAAUGGGGACAUUUUAUUUCUGUAAUUUAUCACAUAAGCCUUUUUACCAGAAAUAUUCCCAAUUGCCCAACCGUGUUGUACAAUCUGCCACAUGUGCCAAGCAACUAUAGCUCUUCCCACAUGUCAUGUGAUAAAAAUACUUGUGACACCAACCUGAUCAAGUUAAUGUUUUGUACACGGAAAAUUAAUGUUUCAAAAACUUGCCUUACUAAAUCAUUUGCAUAUUUAUGCUUGUGACAACUAUUGACUGACUUCUUUUUUUUCAGCUUUAGAUCUUUAAUGUUAUACUUUUUUUUACCUUUUUUGUUUUAUUAUGAAAACCUUGACACCAGUAUCUCAAGUUAAUGUUUAACAGCAUCAGAGAGCCUGUCUGAUAGGUGUGUGCAGUGUCGCUACGUUGCAGUAGCUUAAGUCAGCUGGUUGUGGGACGUGCAGGCAGUAGUCUAAAGUGAAGUAUACAGAAUACAACAUGCUCAGCCACACGUUCUGUCCUACUUCAGGAUCCAGUAUGAACAAACUUAGCCCGAUUCCUCAGCAAAUAGACAAUGGAAAGAAAACCACAAGCAGUAAAAAAGACAUCAAAUGUCGUCAGCCUCGUUUUCAUAGUGAUUUGAACUGUCCAGUUUGCCUUCAGACAGCCAUCUUACCAGUCGAAACGAACUGUGGCCAUUUAUUCUGUGGCCCCUGUCUUAUGGCGUACUGGAAACACGAUCCUUGGCUAGGACCUGUUAGUUGCCCACUAUGCAGGCAAAAGGUCAUUCUCCUCUACAAUGAUUUCUGCGAACAUCAACAGGAUGAGAUAAGCAGAGACAUCAAUCACUACAAUAAAUGCUUCUCUGGAAAGCCACGACCUUGCAUAGACUACCUUUAUGACCUGCCCUCGCUACUACACCUAGCUUUGAGAAGAAUCUUUACCAUAGGAGGUCUGGUGUGGAUCUUUUGUCUCAGAGUGGUCUUAUGCUCAUUUGGAGCAGUAAUGUGUUUGUCGUCCACCUUUGAUGUGAUUCCUGACUCCCUUUGUGGAAUUCUCAGUGCAAUCGAUGAUCUGGUUGUUGUGUUCCUUCUUUUAAUCUGCAUGAUAAACAUUUGCCAGCAACUUAGAUCUGAAGGAAUACACAUGGGCCACUCAACCAUCCAAAGCAACCUGUCAGAAUCUUGAUAACCUCCAUGAUUACCUGUGUCUCAGAGCAACAUAAUCUUUUAUUUUACAUCUAGAUACAUUUAUUGGCUUCACAUCCAGGUAAUUUCCCGCACUCUUUGUGAGACCAUGUAGCUGCCAUAUCUCUGACCAUUUCUCUUAGAGCAACAUAGUCAGCAUCUAUAUAAAGACACUUUAACCGUCAGGUGACUGGUUUACAAGACUAGUAUUGGUUGAUUUAACAACUGAAGACAGACUUUUAAUUUGUGAGACUAGUAAAAAGAAAAAGGGCUCAAAACUUAUAUGCUGUUUUAUGGAUUUUGCUCUCAACGUAUUUUUGGGCAGAAAGGGACGAUCCUGGAGGGAUACUAUGUAUUUUAAAAGCUGAAAUUUGAGCUUAAAAUUUGGACUUCCGAUGGAGGGCAAAUAAUGGAUCAACACAGAAUAAGGCGGAUACAACUAAUGAAUUGGACGUACAAAACCAAUUUAUUUUCUUACUGAAAAUGUCAUUUGUACAAGAGGUAUUGGAUAUAAAUAACUUUUCUAGUUCAUAUCGUUAAGGUUCUGAUCUACGAUAUAAACCAGAUAGUGCUUCCGGCUUUGAGUACCUCACUGUACUUGAAUUUAAAGUGUUACAUAGUAUCUGUGUGUUUUGUAAAAACUGUAAAUAAUAUGUAUUUAUUUCAACCUCUGCAUUUAUACGUUGUUUUUGUUCUUGAUGUAAGUUUUAAAAUAAAAACCUGCUACAUUUAA